UAGCUACGAAUUUAUAAAUCUCGUGAUAAUUGAAUACUUUCCCCACCGGCGCGUUCUGCUGCUCCGUCGAUCCAUGGCGAGCGCUGCCGCCCAUCCCGACGACUCCCGCCUAGGGUUCGGAAAGAUGGAGUUCGGGUGCAUCCACUACAGGAGGCGAUGCAAGAUCCGAGCCCCUUGUUGCAACGAGGUUUUCAAUUGCCGCCACUGCCACAAUGAAACCGCCAGACACGAACUUUGCCGUCAGGAUGUCCAGCAAGUUAUUUGCUUGGUCUGCGACACCGAGCAGCCGGUUGGACAAGCGUGCUCUAACUGCGGGGUCAAUAUGGGGGAAUAUUACUGUGAUGUGUGCAAAUUCUUUGACGAUGAUGUGGAAAAGGGUCAAUAUCACUGCAAUGAUUGUGGAAUCUGUAGAGUUGGAGGUAGAGAGAAUUUCUUCCACUGCAAGAAGUGUGGAUCUUGCUACUCAACUGAAUUACUCAAUAAGCAUUUUUGCAUAGAGAAUUCAAUGAGGCACAAUUGCCCCAUCUGUUAUGAGGUUUGUGAACAUGCGGUUUGGGACAAACCAAAAUUGUCACUCAAAAACCUUAGUUGUGAAAUAUCCACUACAUUUGUUAAUAUUUUGAUAAUUGAAUCUGCUUUGCAGUAUCUUUUCGAUUCAUUGAAAGAGACAAGAGUUCUAAAUUGCGGGCACACCCUUCAUAUGGACUGUUAUAGUGAGAUGUUGACACAUAAUAAAUACUCUUGUCCAGUAUGCUCUAAGUCAGUUUGUGACAUGUCAAAGUACUGGAAAAAAUUAGACGAAGAGAUAGCAACAACGAUCAUGCCUGACGAGUAUCGCUACAAGGUUUGGAUUCUUUGCAAUGACUGUAACGAUGUUUCGGAAGUGCUGUUCCACAUCGUAGGACACAAGUGCAACCACUGCAAAUCCUACAACACCAGGACAAUCUCUACUCCACCUGUUCCUGCUCUGUAGCCCCUCCUUCCUCAUCAUAAGCUCGAAGAAUUUAAGAACAUUUAUUCAAGGAAUUUUAUCCCUUGAUACAAAUCAGAAGAGGCCAUUCCUUUAUUCUGCCUCCACAUUGAAACUACUACUGUUUGAAUUUGAUUCCUUUUUUUUUAAAAGAAAAAAGGAUUAACUUUAUGUUUUCAUUACUAA